UCUACCGUUAAGAGAUUUAUGACCUUAGAAGUUAUCUUUCCAACCAGCCUUUCUGUGACUUGAGUAGAAGGGAGACAAAACCUAAUUUUGAUGAAAUCUCUAAAACAAAGCACCAAUGUCGGAGCAUCUUCCUCCUCCUCAAAGGAGGGCUUCUUCCGGAUUUGGUGAUCCCGCAUUGGUAUUCCCUGAGUUUGCUUCAAAGCAACGCGGCCUCGAGAAAGUUCAAGAAGAAGAAGGAGAAGGAGAAGAUAGCAGCUACGGCGGGAAAGGCUCUUUUGACCUGAGCUCCAGGUUCUCGAGCCCUUCCGUCUCUCGAAACGGGUUCGAAACACCCAAGAAGACUUCAUCUCUGAAGCUGCCUGGGUUCAGAGAGGAAGAAGAGACGGACCGAAGUACAAACUCGGGUUCCUUUGUGGAUCGCGAGGAGAAGAGAAAGUGCCCUGGAUGUUUCAGAAAAUGCUGUGCAUGCACGUGCAUGUUUCUUUCCAUCGUUCUUAUAAUCUUGUUGUUGACAGGGCUGUCUGUGAACUCUUCGGUGAAAGCUAGUCUACCUCAGGUUUCUGUAACAAACCUCAGGUUCUCGAGAUUAGAUUUCGCCAAUUCAACAACGGAUCUUUUGAUGAAUGCGAACAUGAAGACGGUUCUUGAGCUGUCUAACAAGAACGACAAGUUGUUGUAUUACAGCCCCAUGAAAGCUGCUGUCUCUUCUGAGAACAUAAACCUCGGACAGAAGAAGCUUGGUGGGUUCAUGCAAAGCCCUGGAAACGUUACUUAUUUGAGUAUUCCCACCAGGCUUAGAAAAGCGAAGGUCUAUGAUGUUGAUGCUACGUUGCUGAGAAACAAAGAGAAGAAGCUUGAAGCUGUGGUUAAUGUGCGUUUGAGUGGGAAACUGGGUUUUGAUUGGUUGGGAUUUAGGAUUCGUUUACCAACUGUUAUUGAUUGUGAAGAUGUGAAACAGAGUGAUGUGAUCAAUGGACUCAAGCCCACGUGUGAUGUUCGAAUCUUUUGGCAAUGAAAAUCGAUUAA